AUGGAAAAAAAAUACACCAAUAGAAAUAAUGACAUCCCAGUGCUGAUUGAUGCAACUGAGAAUCCUUGUUUGUUGCUGAGACAAGAAUCAAACUGCUCAAGCAAUAGUGCUCAAGAUUCUGCCCCAAGAAAUGCAAGAAAGUCUGUUUGUGAUGAGGAUUUAAAAGCUGUCUUCACCAUUGAUGGAGAAGGAUAUGACGUUGUGCUCUCUGUAACAAGAGAGCGGAUAUUUUGGAUGGCUAUGAGUGCUUUGGUCAGAAGAAAAUCUGCAAGGAAACUUUCAGGAAUGUUGCGCAGCAGAAGAGCAUCUGCCUCAGAGGAAACAACAUCAGAAGGUGUAUCUCUUGCGUCAUUAUUUGGGGUUUAUGUCAAGCAUCAAGCAAGGACAGAAAAAGAUACUGCUGGUGUUUGUCUGGGCCUAGUUCUGUGCAUGGUGGAAAGCAAGAAUGAAAAUACACUGAGGGAAAGAGUUAUCUUUCUUGAACACCCUAGUGAAGAGUUGUGCACCUCUUGGGAAAAAAAGAUUAAACGAUCCAUCCGAGCCAAACACCCUGAGAGGCCAGUCAGUAUUAAGUUGUUCCUGCAGCCACAUGCAGGGAACAAAGCUGGUCUUUUCACAUAUCAGAAAACAGUACUUCCAUUGUUCCACAGUGCUGGUGUCAGUGUUGAUUUAGCAGAAGUGAUUCACAAUGAGUAUGUCAAGCAGCAGAUGAUACAUUUAAAUUUGGAUGACUUUGACUGUAUUGUCUGCAUGGGAGGAGAUGGCACAGUGAGCCAGGUAGUGAAUGCUUUGAUGAAUCGGGCCCAGAAGGAGAAAGAAGUUGAAAUGAAGCAUGGAGCUCAACCAGCCCCAUCACCACUCCCUCUUGGUAUAAUUCCAACAGGUAAAACAAACAAUGUGGUACAGUCUGUCAUGGGUGUUGCGGAUCCAAUAACAGCUGUUCUUCAUAUCAUACAUGGACACUUUCAGCCUGUUGACCUUUGCUCCCUAUAUACUCCUGAUAAGUUUCUGCAGUGGGGUUUUAAUUGCCAGUAUGGUUUUGCCGGGCAGGUCUUGACAUAUAUCGGACGUUACAAAGCUCUUGGGGCUAAAAGAGUGGAUGCUGCAUUUGUUAAAGCUCUCACUAAAGCAAAAUUAAGAGCAUAUGAAUGUGAUAUUGAAUACAUUCCUGCUAAUGUUAAGUCACAUGUGAGAGAUACACCAUGCAGGAGUGGAUGUCACAUUUGCUGGAACAGUGAGAUAGAAACAGAAGAAAAGAAAGAACCAACAGUUGAUUUUGUUCAAGAGUUAGAUUCCUUGAAUGAGUCAUUUGCUAGCAAUAACAGCUCUUUAAUUGAUCUGCAUCAAGACAGCCCCUGGCAAACUUUAAAGGGAAAGUAUAUGAACGUGGGUUUGUUCGUCUUACCUGGCUUGUGUGACCUGGCACCACAAGGACUGAGCAAGUUCACUCAUCUCAAUGACGGUGUUAUUGACUUGGUUUUGGUGAGAGAUGUCGAGAAAAAAGAGUUUGUUCGGCACCUGCGCAGACAUGGAAACUCGAAAAAUCAGUUCGACUUCCCUUUCAUUGAAAUUCAUAAAGUCACAGAAGUUCGUUUCCGUCCACGGUUCCUAUUAGGCUGGAACUACAACAAUCAUGAAUUCAAUGAGAUCAGAUACCAGAUGGAGCGAGAGGAAUCAAAAACUCAGCACCAAAAAUCAGUUGAAAUUAUUAGUGACUUGGGGCAUAACAAAAACUUUCAGAGGUCCAAAAGUGUUGACAUUAUUGAUAUAUCAGAUGAUGGAGAAAGUUAUGAAAAAGAAGACAAUGAAAAUGAUGGAGAGUUAAAAGCCGUGAAACCACAGUUGGUUGGGCCACAGUAUCGUAAAACUUUCCACGAAAUCGAGAUGGAGAAGUACAGAAAACAUGCAAGACAGAAGGAGGAGAAGCAGAAAGCGAAGGAAGAAGCUAAAAUGGUUGCUGUCUGGAAUGUUGAUAAUCAGAUAGUCCGCACACUGGCGUUAGACUUCAAAAUACACCAUGGACUACUCAAAGUAUGUGGACUGGGUGUGUCACCAUAUACAACAUAUGAAGAUAUAAGACUUGGCUGUCUGUCUGCGAUGUAA